UAGACACAGUGCAGUUUGAGCAGUCUUGUAUAAGGCUCGGUUUUAGUGUGUGCCAAAUGUAUAUUAACAUUGAAGUAUUUUCAUUCCAGAAUGACGGGAUAUAUUGGAUUAUACGUAAUGACGUUCCUUUUGGUCAAAUUCUCUAUUCAGCAACAAAUUACGGUCCCAACUGGUUCCAGUGUCAGACUCUCGUGCGCAUGUGCCAAAUCUAGGUCCCUCCACACUUCUGUCCAAUCACCGAUCACUUGGACUUUUACGUCAUCGUCUGGACCAAUAUGCAUCGCUAAUUGGACAGGCGUAAAGAAGGAUGCCGUAUCUUAUUCAUCGACCACUAAGUAUCGCAUGGUAACAAAACGUUGGCUUAAAGGCGACCUUGUUAUCUCCCACACAUCGCCGGCAGAUCAAGGAAACUACACAUGUGAAAUCACUAGACGGUGUACUGUUUUAUUGGAUAUCAAUGUACCUGUUUCAGAGGUCUUUAUAACCAUCAACAGAGGUCCUUUUCUAAAAGCUGGAGAUGUCGUGACGAUUGCGGAAAACGACCGCGCCAUUUUCAAGUGUUACUCAAUAGGCGCCAAACCAGCGGCAAGCAUCACGUGGUCACUCUCGCGUAUACCAAUCAGGAUCCAAGUUACGAGUGUGUCGUUCAGCAGCUUCACGUACAAAGGUCGCUAUGAUGCUGUCAGUACACUGAUUGUAAGGCGUGCGACCAUGCUAGGGUACAACGACCAACCGUUGACAUGUCGGGGUUCGGGGGCUAGAGCCUCCAUGGCCAACUCGUCAGUUUGGCUGCGUAUUGUAGCUCCUCUCUCCCCACCAACGAUCACGGGGAAUACAAAUAUUACCCUCUCUACCACACAGCGAUCCGUCUUCUUGAGCUGCUCCACCAUUAACUCCUACCCUCUGGCUAUCAUCCAGUGGUCUGUUGGAGGUGAAGAUCAUUUUUCUACCAUCCAUCAUCAGGAGAGGUUUGGACGAUUCGAUGUGACCGCUCAUCUAGAGCUGGUAGUAGAUGGUAGUGAUGAUGGGUUGGAGAUUAUUUGUAAGGUUUCAUCUCCAUUGCAGACUUUGAACAAGUCAGUCACAUUGAAUGUACUUGCCCCUCCACUAGGCAUGACGGUUAAUUGGACAGAGAAGCCCGUGAAAGAGGGGGACUCCUUGACGGUGCUCUGUACAGCAUUUGGCGCCAAUCCCAAACCACAUGUAUACUGGGAAACCUCAUCACACAGAAUCAAUGACGUAAUGCGGCGGGAUGGGAAUACAGCCACGAGUUUGCUCCGUCUUUCACCCGUGACUAGAACAGACGCGGGCCUAUACAGUUGCCUUGCUAACAACCAGAUAGCCUCUGCAUCAAUCAUCAGGAGUUUUACACUAAGAAUUUACUAUGAGCCAAAUAUCAUAACAACAUUGCGAACCAUGACUAUUCCACGAUACGAGGACACAUUCAACAUUACCUGCAUCGCAGAAGCAAUACCACUUCCUGUAGUUGAAUGGACGAGUCCAUCUUAUAUGACCAACCUCUCCCGACCUAUCACAGAGGUAUUCGGUACAACGAUUGUGAGUCUCAUGCAGAUACCAGGCGAUCGAGGCAACCUGCUGCCUACCACAUUCAACAUGACUUGUUCAGCAAGUAAUAUUAUUGGAAGAACGACAUGGACCAUUGAAAUCAAAUAUGGCGAGGUUUCCGAUGAUGUAGAUGAGGACGUCGACCCGACAGCUCCCUUAACAGUAGACCUACCUAUUCUCUGUGAUGAUAACCCACGUGGGAUUCCAAAGAUGCCUGUGGAGCGCCCACUUUUGAUUGCAUUGAUUUCAGCCUGUUUUGUCUUCUUACUGAUAGUCUUAGUAUGGCACACGAGAAGGAGGUUAAAAAUGGACGAAUUUUGGGUUGUCCGUAGGGAAGGAUUCUACGUUGAUAUGAACAGAAGACGAGCUGGCAUACCAGGAAUACCAACAGUGGAUGAAUUAGAAGCAGUAAGCACCACGACUAGUCCACGACUCACCCCUUCAUCGGGAGCAUCCAUUCGAUUUGAGUUCGUCUCUCAGCAAAGUGUAGAGAACACAUAUGACGCGAUACCCGUUGUGAGUGCCAUGCCAUCAUCAGUGCAGCCUAGGAGAAGGAGAAUACGUUCAGAUGAUGGGUACUACUAUGAUGUACCACCGGCACCUCGAGGUUUCGAUACCGUCCGCCGAGUACAGUCCCGGAGAUUACCGACCGUGCCCACCAUGUUCAUUCCUCCUGAAACCAUGCAGGCCGUUCUAAGAAGUCUUAGCAGAGAUACGGGUGAAAUGGAAAGACCCACGCUAGAGCAUCAACCUGGUGGACGAUCAGAGACAAUCAUACGAGAAGAGGUUCGGCUUUUCAAGAAGAGCCAGCUUCGAAGGGUUCUGUCUUUGUAGAACAAGAUGAGGUCUACUUCGUCAACGAAUGCUUAGGGUCCUGUUUUUUUCUUUAAGAGGACUUUGACAGAUCUUUGUGAAAUCAAAUGAGGUUAUCUUUGGUGAGGCAUUAUUCCUCACUACCAACCAGGUCCCUCGGAGAGGACCUAAAGCCGUCGGCCGUCUGGUUGCUUACUUACAAGCAUUUAUUCUUUCUUAGCAGUCAGGUAAAAUAACCAUCACAUCACAUCAUCAUUUGUUGAGAGGACUUUGAGUCGGAAAGUAUCGACAAUAAGCUACCAUUUGUCAGGAAGUCUCACAGUCGAGGAAAAAUAGUGAUGUAAAGUCAAAUGAGGUACAGUUCAUCAAUAAGGCUACACGUGGUUGGAUGUUAGAGUCAGAUUCGACACUGUCACAAAGUCAUGUUUGUCAAAAAGCCCCGGGACCGUGUAAAAUCAGAUGAGAUACAGCUUGUUAUAAAAUAUAUACAUUUUGAUGGGUACAAGAAGGCUCAGACUCGACGGAAGCUGUCAUCGUUUAAAAAGAUGGGGUCCGU